AUGGAAGAAAUCUGCAUUUACAGAGACCCUAAUGCACUAAUCGAAGACCGUAUAAAAGACCUAAUUUCUCGAAUGACUUUACAAGAGAAGUUAGCUCAAAUGACUCAAAUCGAACGUCGUGUUGCUUCUCCUUUUGCGCUCAAACACCUCGGAAUUGGUAGUAUACUAAGUGCUGGAGGAAGUGCACCUUUUGAGAAAGCCGUUUCUUCAGAUUGGGCUGAUAUGGUAGAUGGUUUUCAGAAAUUGGCAAUGGAAUCACGGUUAGGUAUUCCGAUUAUUUAUGGUGUUGAUGCGGUUCAUGGUAAUAAUAAUGUUUAUGGUGCUACUAUUUUUCCUCACAAUGUUAAUCUUGGUGCCACUAGAGAUGCAGAUUUAGCUUAUAGAAUUGGGGUUGCAACUGCACUGGAGGUUAGAGCUAGUGGAGCUCAUUACACCUUUGCUCCUUGUGUAGCUGUAUGCAGAGACCCAAGAUGGGGAAGAUGCUAUGAGAGCUAUAGUGAGGACACUCAAAUUGUGAAGAAAAUGACAUCAAUUGUAUCAGGGCUGCAGGGGAAUCCACCUAAGGAACACUUAAAUGGAUACCCAUUUCUGGCUGGAAGAAAGAAUGUGAUUGCUUGUGCCAAACACUUUGUUGGUGAUGGAGGAACACAUAAAGGCAUAAAUGAAGGGAAUACUAUCUCUUCAUAUAAAGAUUUAGCAAGGAUCCAUAUGGCGCCUUAUCUGGACUGUAUUCCUCAGGGAGUUUGUACUGUCAUGGCUUCCUAUUCUAGUUGGAAUGGACAAAAGCUACAUGCUGAUCGUUUUCUUCUCACGGAAAUCCUUAAAGAUAAGCUGGGCUUUAAGGGAUUUGUAAUUUCAGAUUGGGAGGGCAUUGAUAGACUUUGUGAACCUCAAGGUGCAGACUAUCGUUUCUGUAUUUCAGCUGCUGUCAAUGCGGGAAUUGAUAUGGUCAUGGUUCCUUUUAGCUACGUGAAGUAUAUGAAGGAAUUGACUAAUCUUGUAGAAUCAAAAGAGAUACCGUUGUCUAGAAUUAAUGAUGCUGUUGAACGCAUUCUGAGGGUGAAGUUUGUGGCAGGGCUUUUUAAGCAUCCUUACACUGACCGAUCUUUGCUAGAUACCGUUGGUUGCAAGUUGCAUCGGGAGCUAGGCCGUGAAGCAGUCCGGAAAUCUAUGGUCCUCCUGAAAAAUGGAAAAGAUUCAAAUAUUCCAUUUCUUCCAUUGGAGAAGAAUGCCAAAAAAAUUCUUGUUUCUGGAACACAUGCUGACAAUCUUGGGUAUCAAUGUGGUGGGUGGACUAAAACGUGGGAUGGAGUUGGUGGCAGAAUUACUCUUGGCACUACAAUCUUGGAUGCUAUUAGAGGAGCUGUUGGUGAAAACAGUCAAGUAAUCUUUGAAGAGAUACCAUCACCUGAUACCUUGGCAAGAGGAGAUUUUGAUAUUGCCAUUGUAGCUGUUGGUGAAACUCCAUAUGCUGAGUUUACAGGGGACAAUGGGGUGCUCAAUAUUCCUUUUAAUGGAGCUGAGUUGAUUAGUGCAGUUGCAGAUAAAUUUCCUACACUUGUCAUUUUGGUUUCGGGAAGGCCUUUAGUUUUAGAGCCGUGGCUUUUGCAGAAGAUAGAUGCUUUGGUUGCUGCAUUUUUGCCUGGAAGUGAAGGAUAUGGAGUAGCUGAUGUUCUAUUUGGAGCUUAUGAAUUUGAGGGUCAACUUCCUGUUUCGUGGUUCAAAAGUGUCGAUCAACUGCCAUUAGAUUCUGCACAGAAUGCAUAUCAACCUUUAUUCCCCUUGGGUUUUGGAUUGAAAACCCAAAACUUGUGA